CUGUACGUGCCGGAAGAUGGACGUGUGCGCGCUGCGUGUCAUGGACAAGGCCCGCGAGCGCAUCCUGAAGUGGGGCGGCAAGAUCUACACCUUCGAUCAGCUGGCCCUGCUGGCGCCGACCGGAAAGAACACCGUGUUCAUACAGGCAGCCCGCACGGCCCGUGAAGCGAUCACUCACUUUGGACUGUUGGGGUGCAAGGCGGAAUGUUCCCCACGCUGGACGCACGAGAUGUUCAACCCGAAGCAGGUUAUGGCGGCGGAUGGCUCGCGGGAAAUCGUCUACAGCUACGAGUGGGUCGAAUGCAUCGACGAGCUAAUCCACGCGUUCAACGGAUGCACCGACAUCCCGAUUGCCCUGCAGGUAAUAGCGGCAAAUUUCUGCUACCGACGCGAACGCAAGACACCCUGGUAA